AUGGUCAAACUUGACUAUCUGCAAUACAAGCUACACGAAAUAGAACUCACUCAGAAGGAACGCGACGAAAAGUUUGCCGAGAAAAUCACCAAACUUGAAGGCUCGAUCGAAAACAUUCAGUGGGCCAUCAUCCGCCACGAUCAGGAUGCUGGACACAACCUGACGGCUCUUCAGGCUCAUUCCCGGAAGAUUCUUGCCCAACAAACGGCGUGCGCCAACCACGAAAAGAUGCGAAACGAAAUCUCACAGCUUACUCAAAAAUUUAACCAAUCGUUUGGCUCCUACUCCAUGCUGUCAACGCCAGCUUCCGUUUUUAAUGGAUCAGAACCAUACAACUCGUGUAAAGAAGCUCCCGCAAAUAUGUCUGAAGUCUAUUUAAUCCAAGUGAGCACAAAUUCCGACCCCUUCGAAGCGUUUUGUGAGCAGAACAGGUUCGACGGAGGUUGGCUGGUAGUUCAGUACCGCUACGAUGGAUCCCUGGACUUCUACCGGAACUGGACGGAAUAUCAACAAGGCUUUGGAAACAUCAACAAGGAGUACUGGAUCGGAUUGGAGCGAUUGCAUCAACUCACAUCGCAAGGAUCAUACGAGCUGCUGGUUGAACUAAAGGCAUUCAAUGGUAGUUAUAGAUAUGCUCAAUAUGAUGAGUUCCAGAUCGGGAGCGAAUCGGAGCAAUAUCCUCUGAAGAAACUAGGAACGUACAGUGGCACUGCGACAGACGCUUUGAGUCGGCAUAAGGGAAUGAAAUUUACUACAAAAGACCGAGAUUAUGAUGUAUACAGUUCAAAUUGUGCUGUAGAACGCGGAGGUGCUUGGUGGUAUAAAGAUUGCUCCGAUUCAAAUUUGAAUGGA